AUGCUUGCCAGCCUGCAGCCCGGUGCCCCGCCGCUGCGGCGCUCGCCCCGGGCCGGGCACGCUCGGAGCCGGCGGCCCCGGUCCCCGCCCGGGCAGGCUCCGGGGCGCUCCGUGCCCGCGGAGCCGCGCUCGGGCAGCGACAUCGUCCAUCCCAUCAGGGUCGACGAGAGCGGAGCCUUCCUGUCCUACGACUUGUCGUACCGGGCCCUUCACCGCAGGUCCCCUGCCUCCAGGAGCAAGCUUCCCGCUUUCUACGAGCUGCAGUACGGAGGGCAAGCCCUGAAAUUCAACCUGAGCCUCAACAGGCACCUGCUGGCCCCGGGCUUUGUCAGCGAGAGGCGUUUCGGGGGCCUCGCCGGCGCCAAGAUCCAGCCGCGCUCCUACAACCCGUGCCACAUGGUCGGCGAGGUGCGGGGCCGGGCGCCGCAGGCGGGGCUGGCUGCCCUCAGCACCUGCGACGGCCUGAAAGGUGUGUUUCAGCUCAUGGACGAGGACUAUUUCAUCGAGCCCGUGUCCAGCAGCCCGCGGGAGGAGGGAGCAGCACAGCCCCACAGGAUCUACAAGCGCCAGGCUCCCCAGGACAGGGCUGAGCAGGGCAGGAGAGCCCCGGCCCCGCGGCAGUCCUGUGGUGUACAAGAGUCUCAGGAAGGCCUGGAGCGGUCUGAGAGGCGCAGGGAGAGGUGGGAGCAGAAGCAGCAGAGGAGGAGAAGGAUCAGGCAGCGCUCCGUCAGCAGGGAGAAGUGGGUGGAGACGCUGGUGGUGGCAGACACCAAGAUGGUAGAGUUCCACGGCAGUGCCAACAUCGAGAAGUACGUGCUGACCGUCAUGAACAUGGUGGCAGGGCUGUUCCACCACGCCAGCAUCGGGAACCCCAUCAACAUCGCCAUAGUGCGGCUGAUCCUGCUGGAGCACGAGGAGGAGGACCUGAAGAUCUCCCACCACGCAGACAACACCUUGAAAAGCUUCUGCAAGUGGCAGAAGAGCAUCAACGUGAAGGGAGACUCCCACCCCCUGCACCACGACGUGGCCGUGCUGCUCACCAGGAAGGACAUCUGUGCUGCCAUGAACAGGCCCUGUGAGACCCUGGGGCUGUCCCACGUGGCCGGGAUGUGCCAGCCCCACCGGAGCUGCAACAUCAACGAGGACACGGGGCUGCCCCUCGCCUUCACCGUGGCCCACGAGCUGGGACACAGUUUUGGGAUUCAGCAUGAUGGAAGCAGCAAUGACUGUGAGCCAGUUGGGAAAAGACCUUUCAUCAUGUCUCCACAGCUCCUGUAUGACACGUCCCCACUCACCUGGUCCCGCUGCAGCCGCGAGUACAUCACACGCUUCCUCGACCGGGGCUGGGGGCUGUGCCUGGAUGACCCCCCGGCCCGGGAGCUGCUGGACUUUCCCCUGGUGCCCCCGGGCGUCCUGUACGACGUGGGCCACCAGUGCCGGCUGCAGUACGGCCCCUACUCCACCUUCUGCGACGACAUGGACAGUGUCUGCAGCACGCUGUGGUGCACGGUGGGGAACACGUGUCACUCCAAGCUGGACGCAGCUGUGGAUGGCACGGCCUGCGGGGAGAGCAAGUGGUGCUUCAACGGCGAGUGCGUUCCCGUGGGAUUCCGGCCCGAGCCCAUCGACGGCGGCUGGAGCUCCUGGAGCUCCUGGGCCUCCUGCUCCCGCAGCUGCGGAGCAGGAGUGCAGAGUGCCGAGAGGCACUGCAGCCACCCCACGCCCAAGUACGGGGGCCGCUACUGCCUGGGCGAGCGCAAGCGGUUCCGGAUCUGCAACGUGCGGCGCUGCCCCCCGGACAAGCCCUCCUUCCGCCAGCUCCAGUGCAGCCAGUUCAACCCCAUGCCCUACAAAGGGAAGCUCUACAAGUGGACACCAGUGCCCAACAACAUGAACCCCUGCGAGCUGCACUGCCGGCCCGAGCAGGAGUACUUUGCGGAGAAGCUGCGCGACGCGGUGGUGGACGGCACGCCCUGCUACGACAGCGACGCCAGCCGCGACCUCUGCAUCAACGGCAUCUGCAAGAACGUGGGCUGUGACUAUGAGAUUGACUCUCACGCCGUGGAGGAUCGCUGCGGGGUGUGCCACGGGGACGGCUCCACGUGCCACACCGUCCACAAGACCUUCGAGGACAGCGAGGGGCUGGGUUAUGUGGACAUUGGGAUUAUCCCCGUGGGAGCCCGGGAGAUCCGGAUUGAGGAGGUGGCAGAAGCUGGGAAUUUCCUGGCGCUGCGGAGCGAGGACCCGGAGAAAUAUUUCCUGAAUGGUGGCUGGACCAUCCAGUGGAACGGGGACUACAGGGUGGCAGGCACCACCUUCACCUACAAGAGGACAGGGAACUGGGAGAACCUCACCUCUCCGGGGCCCACCGUGGAGCCCGUGUGGAUCCAGCUGCUGUUCCAGGAGACCAACCCCGGGGUGAGGUACCAGUACACGAUCCAGCGCCCGGCUGACAGUGAGAACGAGAUCGAGCAGCCCGAGUUCCUGUGGCGCUUUGGCUCCUGGACCACCUGCACGGCCACCUGUGGGACAGGGGUGCAGCGGCAGGCCGUGCACUGCGUGGAGAGGCUGGCGGGCCUGGUGGAGGAGCGGUUCUGCGACGCGCUCGCGCGCCCCGACGACCGGCAGCGCGCCUGCAGCGAGGAGCCCUGCCCGGCCAGGUGGUGGGUGGGCGAGUGGCAGAAGUGCUCAGCCACGUGUGGCCGGGCAGGGCUGAUGAAGAGGACAGUGCUGUGCAUCCAGAGCGUGGGGCUGGAUGAGCAGAGGGCCCUGCAGCCAGCAGACUGCCAGCACCUCGCCAAGCCAGAUGCCACCAUGCCCUGCCACCCAGAGGUGCCCUGUCCCUCCCCGUGGGCUGUGGGCAACUGGUCCGAGUGCUCGGUGAGCUGUGGGAACGGGACCCAGCGGCGUGCAGUCCACUGCAGCAGCAGCAGCAGCACCAGCAGCAGCACCAGCAGCAGCAGCAGCAGCGGGGCCCCCUGCGACCCUGCCCAGAGACCCAGCCCCGAGAGGCCCUGCUCCUUGCCACCCUGCCACCAGAAAUGGGACAGCGACUGGUCUGGCAGCGGCUCCUCCAGCAGGGAGAUAUUCAAUGAAAUCCAUUACUUCCCCAGCCACCACAUUCCUAAACUUAACCCCUUGAUCCCGAACAUCCCGGAGUCCAACGACGUCAAUGUCAUCACCGAGGAGGACUUCUCAGCCAGGAAAGGAAAUGUCUUUGUCGAUGAUUUUUACUACGAUUACAACUUUAUCAACUUCCACGAGGAUCUGUCUUACUAUCCCUUCACGGAGAAGGAGCCCAAGGGCGAGGAGCCAGAGGCAGGGCUGGGCACUGCUGGCACGGAGGGGCCCUGGGAGCUGCCCACCGAGCUGGCAGGAGAGAGCCAGGAGCAGCCAGCCCCCGAGGAGGAGCACACCCCUGCUCCUGUGGAUGGACAGCACACAGAGCCCGGGGCUUUAGCCACCAACGACCUCCUGAGCAUGGGCCCCGAGGAUGUGGGAUCAGCCACUCCCAGCUACACCACCCCUGGAGUUUUGGCUGAGGAGGAGGAGGAGGAUACGGUGCCUGUGCCCCACUCUGAGCCCCACAGAGCUGUGCCCAGCAGCAGCAGCCUUGGGCAGGGUGUCCCUGCUCCCUGGGGUCCCCACCCAGCUGGUGUGGGCUGGGGCACGGCUGGGGUGGAUGUGUCCCUUGGGCCAGCAGCACGGGACAGCGAGGGCCCUGUGAGCCACGGGGACUCCGGGGAAGUGGCUCUGGCCACCACCAGUGACAUUGAUGGUGCAGCCCCACAGCCCACUGAGCAGCACGGCUGGGCAGGAGGGCAAUCCCAUGGCAUGGAGAGGGCACACCUUGCCUUGCCCACCCUGCAGACCCCAGGCUGGGGGGUGGCAGGGAGGGCUGGCAGCCUGCACCCUGCCGUGAGUCCCCCUCCUGUGGGUGCUGACGAGGCUCCCGUGGGACAGGGAGGGCACCAGCCAGAGCUCCACGCCCCCACAGCCCCCAUCUCAACCCCCCCAGUGGCCACAACAGCCCCUCCAGUGUCCUUGUCCCCUGCCGUGCCCAGGCCAGCCACCCAGCUCACCUCCAGCGGCCUCAGCCAGCAGGAUGCCCUGGGCACAGCCAUGCCCACAGCCCCAGCUCACGGCCCACCUCUCCUGAAAUGGGGGACAGAGGGGGUGUCCCAGCACCUGGAUCCAGCAUCACCCCACACCGAGCUGACCUCCCAUGGGACCCCGCUCAGCCUCCCUGCACCGAGGGACCCCUCACCGUGGGCACCCGCAGGGACACCAACGAGGGACCCCUCACCGUGGGCACCCCCAGGGACACCAGCGAGGGACCCCUCACCGUGGGCACCCCCAGGGACACCAACGAGGGACCCCUCACCAUGGGCAUCCCCAGGGACACCAACGAGGGACCCCUCACCAUGGGCAUCCCCAGGGACACCAGCGAGGGACCCCUCACCAUGGGCACCCCCAGGGACACCAACGAGGCACCCCUCACCGUGGGCACCCCCAGGGACCCCUGCCUCCAGUGACGGGGGGCAGGAGCUGUCCCAGCCCACCCCUUUUUCCCUCCCGCUCUGGGAGAAGAGGCUGGAGGAGGAAGAGGAGGAGGAGGAGGAGGCUCUGCUCCCACCGUUGCCCCCUGCAGCAGCCACUGCCAAGCCCAGCUGGGAGGUCGGGAACUGGAGUGAGUGCUCGGCCACGUGCGGCCUGGGCGCGGUGUGGCGGCCGGUGCGCUGCAGCAGCGGCAGUGACGGUGGCUGUCCCGCGGCCGACAGGCCCGUCCCCGCCCGGAGGUGCUCCCUGAGACCCUGCUCGGCCUGGCGUGUGGGCAACUGGAGCAAGUGCUCCAGGAGCUGCGGCGGGGGCACCAAGGUGCGGGACGUUCACUGCGUUGACACCAGGGACCAGCGGCUGCUGCGGCCCUUCCACUGCCAGGCCGGGCUGGGCCAGCCCCCGGCGCAGCUGCCCUGCCGCAGUGCCCCGUGCCUGGACUGGUACACGUCCUCCUGGAGAGAGUGCUCGGAGCCGUGUGGCGGCGGGGAGCAGGCCCGGCUGGUGACGUGCCCCGAGCCGGGGCGCUGCGAGGAGAGCCUGAGGCCCAACAGCACCCGGCCCUGCAACAGCCAGCCCUGCACCACCUGGGUGGUGGGCUCCUGGGGACAGUGCUCGGCGCCCUGCGGAGGGGGCAUCCAGCGGCGCCAGGUGAAGUGCAUGGACACCAGGACGGGGGUGGCCGAGGAGGACAGCAGCCUGUGUGACCACGAGCCGUGGCCAGAGAGCACCCAGAAGUGCAACCCCCAGGAGUGCGACAGCCCCGAGCCAGGUGAGCAGCAGGCAGAACCUGGGAAUGGGGUGGGAGCUCUGGGGGACGUGGAGAGAGCGGUUGGGACUGGGUUGUGUGGGGCUGACUUGGCUGGUUGAUGAUUAAGUGGGAAUGUUGCAAUGUCUGUAAACGUCAGAGCAUCCGUCCCUCAAGGGGCCAAGCAGGGUUUUACUGGCACAGACAUGAGCUGGGAUGGGAUUGUUGGGGUCAGCAGUGUCACCCAGCACAGGGACACCCGAGGGACCCCGUGGGGUCAAGGGACCCCGUCCAGAGGCAACAGGGCAUUCAGGAAAAGGAAGGCACAGGGGAAUACCCAGUGAUGGAGCUCUCAGGAAACUGUUCAGUGGUAAAGUCCCACAACACAAGACUUGUGAAACAAGCUGGGCCCAGCACGAGAAGAUGGAAUAAAGGAGCAGUUCUUCAGCAUCUUCAGAUGUGUCUGAGGGACAGACACACCUGGAGCCAGCCCCAUGUCACCCUGUUUGUCAUUUACCUGCCCCAGCUGCAGCCACAGUGCUUGGCCACACCACGGGCACUCACUUGGCUUCUUCUCCCUCUUCCACUCACAGAGAUCGAUCCCAAGCACCAGGCACUUCCCUGGGAGACAGAAAUCUGGGCACUGCAGGGGUUAACAGCACUUACAGAAAAGCAGUAUAAUGAGGGAUUAGAUGUCACUGGUGUGUCUGUCAGUCACUUAUCAGCUUUAUCUCUUUAAUGUGUCUGUGUAAAAGAAAAGCUCUUUGGCUGCCCAGAAGGUAUUGUUGGAGCUCCAGGAGGUUUGCUGGCCAAAGGGAGGGCUGAGAGAUGGGGCAGGGGGGCAGCAGUAGCUGGUGCCUGGGGUGGAGGAGCUGGAUCCAUGGCUGCUCCACACAUCCCUGAGGUCCCCUCUGCAGCCUGGGACACCCGUCCCACCCUCCCAGCUCUUUUUGUUCAUCCUGUGCCCAGCGUGUUCCUCCCAACACCAACUCCAGAGCAGGCAGAGCGUUGGCUUUGGUUGACUGGGAUUUGGGCACUGGCACUGUUGGCCAUCAGGAUGUUUUCAGCCAUGAAUGUGCUCCUUUUUUGGAGCAUUUUCAGGGCCAUGGGGCACUCCAGCAUUUAGGAAAUGAUGAGUCAGCCCUGCUCAAGGCACAACGUGCGGUUCCGGUUGUUUUGGUCAGGGGAAAAUUUCCGUGCCAGGCUUGGUGAUGAGAGCUGUGGAGCCAAGGCUGGACCAGAAUAACCACUGAGAUGUGUAGGAAGCACACAAAUAAAUGGUAAAAUCCUGGAUCAAAAAUGACAUAAAUGCUCUGGCUGCAGCCCAGGGCAGGAAACGCCUUUUGGAAAUACAAACGUUUCCAGCCAAAGCAUGAAGGGGAACAAAACUUUCACAUGGCAGGAAAUCCCAGAUGUGUAAAUGCACAGGCAAAGGCUCCCAGAAAGACGUAAAUGUAACUGCAGCCCUUUCCUGUGCUUUAGGGGAUCUUUGCUGCACAAGAAGGGCUCAGGCUGGAGCGAUCCAUGGUUUUGUGAGGAGCACAGGAGCCUCUCCCUCCUCGGGCACGAGGUGCUCCUGUACCAGCAGAACCAGGCUGGCUCUGUGAGUGGCCAUGUCCUCACUGGACACAGAAGUGCCAAUAACCCCUGCAGGGUUCAAAUGUUCAAACCAUAAUCAGAUGGAUUUGGAGCAGAGAUGGAACAGAUGAAGCACAAACAUCUCACAGCAGUCGGCUCCUCAAUUAAAGGAGGUCGGGAUUAAUUAGAACCAGAGUCCUGAGCUGUUGCCAGGUUAUAAAUUAAUUGAAGAUUCCACCAAGGUUAUUUUUGAAUAUGGCUGUUGCCUUACAGCUGCAGCCAGCUGUGAGGGUGUCCUUAGAUGGCUCCUGGGAGCUUCAGAGCCCUGGGCACCCCAGUGCCUCCCUGGGAUGCUCCAGAGGCUGGGGACAUUCA